AUGCCGCUCGCCAUCCAGCGCAGCGCGCGCUUGCCGCUGCUGAUCGCUCUUAGCAUCGCGAGUAUCCUCGCGUCCACCGUCUACAUCAACUCGAGACUCGUCGGGAACUCGUCGAUCGGCGUCAGCGACAGCUUCGAUGCCUUCCGCAGUAGAACGUACAACCUCCGGACUCAAUCGGAAAACUACAACUACAACAGCAUUGCCAGGCCCUUGCAUCCGAUUUCGCCGUUCUACCAGCGUGGGGAGAAUUUCGACUGGGGUGUGAGUCGCCAGCGUGGUGUCCUGGUCUGCAUGCACGACGGGGUGCUGGACAUAGGGCUGUCGCUCAUCCGCGAGCUGCGGUGUCUUGGCAACCAGGAGCUCGUUCAGGUGUAUCACUGUGGGCAGGAGGAGCUGUCCAAGAGGUCGAUGGACCUCAUUUUUAGACUCGACAAGCGCGUGGAGCUCGUGGACGUGUGCUCGGAUCUGUCGACUCGAGGCGUGGUCUCCCCCAAGAUGGCUACAAAGUUCCGCAGUUGGUGGAUCAAACCCCUCGCAAUGUACCACACAGACGUGCGCCACGUCAUGCUGCUGGACGUGGACGAUAUGAUCAUGAAGGACCCUGCGGUGCUUCGACAGCUCGAUGGCUACGUGGAGACAGGCACCACGUUCUUCUAUGACCGCGUCGUACGUAAGAAGAAGUUCCUCAACGGGAACGACGGAGGGAAGUAUUAUCUACGGAAACUGCUGCGGCAGUUCGACUACGACAGGUUCAAUUUGUCCGUGGGGCUCGCUCCGUCCGACCACGUGACAAACACGUUCGCUUUCAAGGGGAAGUCGUGCCACGAGAUGGAUUCAUCCAUGGUGCUAAUCGACAAGGAGCGAGCGGGCCAGACCGUCAUGGACAUUAUGCUCUGGUUCAUUACCGAGGAGCGCUUCCGGUUUAAAUAUUCUUGGGGGGACAAGGAGACCUUCUGGCUAGCGUUUGAGCUGGCGCACGUGCCGUACUUCUUCUCGCCUUGGGGGGUCAGCGUGGUGGAUUCGGUGCCCAAUGAAGACAUGCAGCGACAUUCUGACACGCUCUGCGGAAGUAUCUUACAGUUUGUUCCGGUGGACAACAACGAGACCGAGGUCCUGUAUGUCAACGGCAAGGCGCUUAUCGAUCCGUACCCCCAGGGCGUCGCGUACAUUCGAAAGGCCAAGCCGAACAAUUUAUUCAACAUGCUUCCGACGCACAUGACCCCUCGUCAGCGGAGGAGAGAAGUCAACCUGACGACGCAUCCGCACGAGAAGUUCAACAUUGAGUGUCUUGUGGGCUUGGGAGCCACUCCACUGCCGGACUCGUUCUCUCACAACCUUUUACGCCGCCGACUGCAUUUCCUUGGAGUUGCCAUGGACGUCAUAGGCUCACUACAGACUUGUGAAACGUACGACCAAGAGGAAGAGGAAAUAUUUCGCGUUUAA